GUCCCUGGUUGAAGGGUUCUCAUUUCCGCUUCCUGUGUGGCUGUGGUUAUGUUUGUUUGUCGGCUCGGCCCCUUAAACUGAGGCGGCUGAGCGGCAGCCUGGGAGGCCGCGGGGAGCGCGGACUCCCCGAAGAGCCGGCGAUCCCUCGGGAGUGAGCAGGCCUUCCCGCGCGGUGCGGGUUCCGGCAGCAGCGUGGGGAAGGGGCCGGGUCUGUGAGGGCUGGACGCUGCCCGAGGCCCUCCGGCCUGCGAAGGGAGGGGACGGGAGGUGCGGCCGCCAGGCCUCCCGACUCGCCGGCCCCGGGGAGGGAGGGUUCUCAGGGGCCUUCUCAGCCUUACUUCCCGGCCCGAGAGGUCCCCUCCCCCUUCUCUGUGUAGUUUGUGCUGUGGCCGAGGCACCGCCUUCGUCCCCAGAGCGUUUUGCAUGUUCCCCGCUUCACCAAAGUGACUGAUGCUCAGAAAGAAGUGGUCCCACGUGUGCACCCAAGAACUUCCAGUGAAAGGCGGCACAUGUUAACUCAGGGGACGUGUCUGUUAGAAUUCUCGAGUUUGAACCACCUAAUUCAAGUUUAAACCUAGAGCUCUUUUUGUGCCAUUAAUUUAUUUGUAGGAUUUUAACAAAUCACUUGACUUCUCUUGACAAAUUUUUCUUACCUAUAAAAGGAGGGGAUUGUACUCUUCCCAAAAGCUCCUUCCACCACUAAAAAUCUAUGAUUCAUUGGCUCGGUCAGAAAACUCGGGGCCCAAGGAGAACAGGGUAUGGAGAAUAAUGGGGAAAACAACCAUCUUACCCUUUCCUAAAAUCGCAUGCCCCAGCUCAGAGAGAUGCUGCUAGCCACGGUACUGUCUUGUAUGUCCUCUCAACAUUGUUCUGGGGACAUACAAAUCUUGAUAUCCUAAUGGAAGGAUAGAUAGGGAUUGACCUUUCUCUUUUGAAGAAGCCUGGGAAAGGAAUAAACAAAGAGAUAUUUUAUGUUACUGGGAUGGAUGGAUUAAUAUCCCUCAGGUACAUCUGUUGAUGUUAUUGUUGUUUUUCUCUAUACCUAGAGCCCUCUGGAAGAGUUCCGCUCACUGGUCUCUAACCAGACACAAGAGUUAGCUUGCCAGGAAAAAAAACAAAAAAGGAAGAGAUCCCACCAUAAGAACAAAACUUCUUCUUUAACUGGACAAUGGCAGUAGUUUUGGACCCUCAGAUCCAGGCUCCUCAAACACAAGAUGGAUUCCUUAUAGUGAAACUGGAAGAUGAUUCCCAUUGGCAUCAGGAAUCUUUCCUUCAUGGAAAUGACCAAGGUCCUGAGGCUUCCUGUCAGCGGUUCUGGCAGUUCAGAUACCAGGAGGCAGCAGGACCACGUGAAGCUUUGAACCAACUCCGAGAACUCUGUCGUCAGUGGUUGAGACCAGAGAAGUGCACCAAAGAACAGAUUCUAGAGCUGCUGGUGUUGGAGCAGUUCCUGACUGUUCUUCCUAGAGAAAUCCAGUCAUGGGUUAGAGAACAACAUCCAGAGAGUGGAGAAGAGGCAGUAGCUCUGGUAGAAAAUUUGCAAAGAGAACCUGGCAGGUCAGAACAAAAGGUCCCAGGCGUUAUGAAAGGGCAGGAAGUACUCACAGAGAUGGUAACAGCUGCAGGAUCAGUACCCAAUUCACUAAGUAUCCAACUGAAGCAAACACAGACAAAAUCCAAAUGUACAUUCCAGGAGAACGCAGAAAGAUUACACCUAGAACCAGAAAAAGAGCUGAUCUGUGAUCCUAAGAUAGAGCCCCAUUCCCUUCAGGAAAGUGCUUUACCUACUUCUCAGGUGCUUGAUCCUCCUGUGGAAGCAAGUAGUGGUAACCAGGAGAUAAUGGACAGGUCCCAGGAGCUGAUGACUUUUGGAGAUGUGGCCAUAUACUUCUCUCGGGAAGCACAAGGGCAGUUAUACCCAGCUCCACAAGAUCUCUGCCAAGAUCAAACUCAGGAGAAUAACGAGAAUGGUGUCUCACAGAGAUUUACAAUUCCCAGAUCCAAUAUGAUCUCCUCUUUAGAGCAAGAGGAAAAGCAGCAAAAUCCAGAUCUUCAAGGCUCUAAGGAGAAGGAAGAUUCAGGAGGUUCUGGAAUGAGUGGAGAACGAGCAAAAGUUGGUCAAGCACCAGUAAUGAAAAAAGUCAAACAUUGGGAAGAUCUGGAGCAUCAGGGUUUGGAAGAUGAGAAGGUAGCAGGUGUACACUGGGGCUAUGAAGAAACCAAAAUUUUUUUAGGGAUUCUCAGUGAGUCUUGGAUUUAUGAAAAACUUCGAACUUGCCAUCGAAAUCGUCAGGUAUACCGGAUUGUAGCUGAGCGACUACGUGAGCGAGGUUUCCUCCGGACCCUGGAACAAUGUCGAUAUAGAUUUAAAAACCUUCAGACAAACUAUCGCAAAGCAAGAAGCACCCACACUCCAGGAACUUGCCCUUUCUAUGAAGAGAUGGAUGCUCUGAUGAGCCCCGGGGUUGCUGUCACUGCCCCAGAGGUGGAAGGGGAUCUCCUUGGGCAAGGGGACCAUGAUAUAGAAACUGAAGAACUUGAGAGGGACAGUUGGGAACAUGAGGAAAUAGCAAUGGCAGGGGUUAUGUUAGAGAGUGGAUCCAGAGAACUGGAUUUGGACCAUCCAGAAGCAUCUUUGGAAGAGCUGCAUUCAGGAGCUGUAACAGAGGAUUCUGAUGGUGAUGAAUUGGGCAAUGAUGAACCAUCUGAAAGCUCUGGUACCCCACCCCUUUUUCGGAGUGCCACAGGAGUGCACUGGGGAUAUGAAGAAACCAAGAUUUUUCUGGGGAUUCUUGGUGAGCCUCGUAUUUAUGAAAAACUUCGGACCUGUCAUCGGAACCGUCAAGUGUACAGGAUUGUGGCUGAGCGACUUCGUGAAUAUGGCUUCCUCCGGACUCUGGAGCAAUGUCGUUACAGAUUUAAAAACCUUCAGACACAUUACCGAAAAGCAAGAAGUGGCCAAAGCCCAGGGAUCUGCCCCUUUUAUGAGGAGAUGGAUGCCCUGAUGAGCCCAUGGACCACCAUUACUCCCUUUGAUGUCUUAGAGAUGGCAGGAAAUCUUCUAAAGGGGAAACCUGAAUCCAAGAAGAGUGUUGACUGGGAGAAUCAGGAGAGAGUAGUAGAGGAUGGAAAUCAUGUUGAAGAGGAGGCAUCACCAACAGAGCUCAAGAGCUUCAAGUCACACAGUCUACUUCAGAAUUCCAGUGAACUACUCAUUCCUAAGCCAGAUUCAGAUUCCUCCAAGCCAGAGAGUGGGGAAGAGCUGUGGAAUGUCAUUCUCCCUGAUUCCAAGGAUAUUCAGAGAACUUCCCAUACAAAUUUUGAAAUGAACAAUGAAAAUGCAGAGAAUCCAAGCCAGGAAAUUUCUGAGGAAAUAGAACUACAGGCAACAUUACUAGGAAGCUCCAAAGGAAAUGUUUCUCAUUAUCUUAAUUGGAGGAAAGCUUGGGAAAGAGAAUACAGAACUGAGAGGCAAUGGGCAAUACUCCCAGGGGAAUCACAAGGGCUACCAUCUCCUCAGGGAAGAAAUUUAGGCAAUUUUAUAGGCCUUCAGGGAACCUAUAUAGGAGAAAACCCAAACACAUGUUCUGAAUGUGGAAAAAACUUCAAUCAGAACUCACACUUUGCAAUACAUCGAUUAGCUCACAUUGGGGAGAAGAAAUCAUAUAAUUGUGAUGAAUGUGGCAAAACCUUUGGUCGAAGUUCACAUCUUAUUUGCCAUCAGAGAAUCCACACAGGAGAAAAACCUUACAAAUGUCCUGAGUGUGGAAAAGGCUUUAGUGAUCACUCUAACCUCACAGCACAUCAAAGAAUCCAUACAGGAGAAAAACCCUAUAAAUGUGGUGAAUGCUGGAAAAGCUUCAAUCAGAGUUCAAGCCUUAUUAUGCAUCAGAGAAUACAUACAGGAGAAAAACCCCAUAAGUGCAGUGAAUGUGGGAAAAGCUUCACUAAUAGCUCACAUUUUAAUGCUCACUGGCGGACUCAUACAGGUGAAAAACCCUACCAGUGUCCUGAAUGUGGGAAAAGAUUCAGUAAGAGUUCUACCCUCACCAGCCAUCAGAGAAUACAUACAGGAGAAAAACCCUAUGAAUGCCUUGAAUGUGGGAAAAGUUUCAGUGAUCGUUCAAAUCUCAUUACACAUCGACGAAUUCAUACAGGAGAGAGACCCUAUAAGUGUGGUGAGUGCGGGAAAAGUUUCAAUCAGAGUUCAAGCCUUAUUAUACAUCAGAGAAUACACACGGGUGAAAAGCCCUAUGAAUGCAGUGAAUGUGGCAGAAGGUUUAAUAACAGUUCACAUUUUAGUGCACAUCGGAGAACUCAUGUGGGUGAGAAACGCUAACUAGCACCAAAUGUUAUGGUCAAUAAAGGUUCAAGUUUCAAAUACCAGGUAAUUAAUCCCAAAAUAAAAGUUUGUUAUAUUUAAUUCUGUACCACAUUUGAAAAGACUAUAAUAGUUGAAGUUCAUUACCCAACUGAAAUGUUUGUUUUAUUAAAAUGCAUACUUGUCUGAGAAAAUAUCCUUCAGAUUCUCUUUUAGAUGAUAUUGCUGCAUGGUUCCUGUGUGAUUGUGCCUUAGCUCCCACACUUCAGAAAUAGGAAGAGGGCAGUCCUAUCCUUGAACACACUCCCUACCUGGAGAGAGGAAUAGCAUUAUCACCAUCAGAGUAGUGACAAAUAUAGUCUUAUAACCUGGCUGCAGAGCAGGGCUGUUGACCCACAGCAAGUAGGCAAUCAUCACUGCACAGCAUCAUUUGAGGACAUGAAAGAAGAAAGACUACAUUUCUUAGAUUUUCUUCCAGGGAAGGAUGGAAGCAAACUAAACUAGCACAACAUCAUUUGCCAGCUUUGUUUAUCUUUAUUUAAUGAGGUAUGAUUAUGAGUGAUGGUACUAUAUUUAAUUCAAGUUCAUAGCCAUCAUAUUAAGUGCCUACUACAUAUAUAGGACUGCACUAUGCACUCUUGGUAGGGGGUGGAAGAAAUACAAACAUAAUUGUUCCAAAUUACAUCUAUGCUUCUAUAGUGUUAAAGAAUUACAGUCUUUGAUCUGAAACUAGGUAUUGGGUAUAAGAAAAUGUAACUGGGUUAUUUAGGAGAGACAAAGCAGAUGUUUUCUUGAGAUGUGGUAAAGAGUCCUGAGAAUGUGUCCUGAACAAUAACUAAAAAAUACAGUGUCUUUAAGAAUUGACUUAGUUUGGAGCAGCUAGAUGGCACAGUGGAUAGAGCAUAAGCCCUGAAGUCAGGAGGGCCUGAGUUCAAAUUUGACCUCAGACAUUUUAACACUUCCUGCAUGACCCUGGGCAAGUCACUUAACCCCAUUUGCCUCAGCAAAAAGAAUUGAUUUAGUUUUAGGACUGGCCUCUGAGACCCUUGGAUUGAAGACAGACUGAACAUACUCCUUUUGCUCCCUCAUCAAAUCCCAUGAUUUGCUAUCUGUACCUCAUUUCUAGUCCCACAAAACAUCAAGAUGAAAAGAAUCCAGAUGGGCUCAAUGUGUUCGAGGUCAGGUAUCACUUCUAGAAAGAUGAAAAAUUAUGAGGUUGAAGGUGUUUCCAUACCUGCCUCUUAGAAUCCUAAAGAUUAGGAGGCUUCAGAAUUAUCAACAAUUUCCUUUUCUUUUAAUAAGACAGAAUUCCAUUUUCUUCAUGGUUCAUUUCUCUAUUCCAAUGCUGCUUUAAUCAACCAUAAAAGAUAAUCAUCUCCGUGAAAUGUUUGUCCACAUCUCUCAGUAUAGCAGAGCAUAGGUGGCACAUUGGAUAGGAUACCUGACCUGGAGUCUAAAUCCAGACUUAGACACUAGCUGUGUGCCCCUAGGCAAGUCAUUUAACCCCCCCAAAAUUCCAAAUGUGAUCAUGAAAUGAGUUUGAUACAACUGAACUACAAAAAAUAAAUUGGUAUGUAUCCUACCAUUCUUCUCUUAGUAUAUUAUGCUUCAUUUCGCUAACUUAAGAAAAGAAAUUCGCUGUGAAUACUUGUAUUCUUCUCAGAUAUGUUUCUUUUAUGCCGUUAGGCAUAUUUGGACAAGUGCUUACUUUUUUUUUUUUUUUUAUCCUGGCUUUGAGUAAUACUAAUUUUUUUAUCCUGGCUUUGAGUAAUGUUAAAAUGUCUCCCUCUACCUGGAAUGUAGAAAAUCAGGGUGGGGAGGAAGGGGACACUGGGGAUCUCAGAAAAUGUGUAUGUUUUUCCAACUUUUCUACUAUUGUAGAAGCAAUAGUUCUAUGUGAUCUGAGAAAUUCCGUGAAGGUUAUUAACAUUCUUAUCUAUCUUGUAAUUAUAUUAAAUGGCCUUUGUGAUGGUGACAUGAAAAAACAAACCACAUUCUCAAAGAAACAAUCUAGGACUGCUGACCAAAGUUAACUCUAGGAAAGACUUGAGGAAAUAUCAUCUGUGAAAAAUUACUUCCUUCAAAGAAGUCAUAUGCUAUGUAUUUUGGAAAAUAAAAAGCUAUUUUAAAAAAUAAGAUUUGCUUAUCCUGUAAAGAAAAAAAAAGAAAUCAUAUGCUAACCUCUCAACUGAAGAUGAACCAGUGACUAAUCUGAAAGGUUUGUAAUCUGCAGAAAUAGUGUUAUAGAUUCCAUUUUAGCAAGGUAGAUACCAAGUAUCCCUAUUUAUGGGAAACCUAGAAUGCCUGGGAAAUUAAAUAAUUGGUCUGGGCAGAAUAAUUUAGUUAAGUAUUAUACAGUUCUCAAUCUAUACAGUUUUGUGAUAGGGACAGUUUCAUAUUUUAUUCUUAAUUUUCUUGAUUCUUGAGGGUCUUUGGGUAUGGGUAUGCACUAAGCCAGGAUAAAAAGGUUUAGACAGGAAAUGGUUCUGUUAAGUUGGUGUACCUACAUACCCAGGAUUCAAGGAAGGGUCAGAAACUAAGUGAAAUUUUUCUAAGUGUAACAACUGAUCAGUCAUUAUAUAGUACUAAUAAUGCUUCAACCUUAACUUUCCAAGAUUGUUCUAUCCUGGUGAGGUAAAUAUUUCACAUUUUCAGAAUUACCUUGGUGCUUCUUAAUAUCAGAAUUCUGGUUCCCUUUAAAAUAAGAAAGGCUAAAUGAGGUCUUCCCAUAAAAAACUGGUAACAGGGACUUUACAUUGUGGGAAUCAACUUACUUGUUUUAAUGGUUGACCCUUGUUUUUUACCUGAGGUUCCUGAGUAGUUUCACCAAUCCCAUAGCUCUCUGUUGGGGAAAGGUAUACUUAAUGCAUUAUGUGACAAUGUGACAAUUUUUUUGACUAUUAGAAAUACAAUGUGUAUUACUUUUUUGGUGACCAUAAUAUACUGUCAACAUAUAUUCACUUUGCAAUCCAAUAAACAUUGUAAACCUUUAAAAAAAAAAAAAGAAAAAAGUACAAUGUGUAAAUUAUAUCCUUGGGGAAGGUAUUUCAUGUUAAGUUUAUAUGCAUAGUAUUGUCCCAUAACCAAAACAGCCUCUACUAUGGAUAAUUUUGUAUUUGAAAUCUUCCUCAAAACCCACUGGAG